GGGCAGGUAGGCAAGUAUGAUCCAGGGAGGUAGGAAGGUGCCUCACACCCUCAGCGGCACACACCCUAUAGCAGCUGUCAGGUGACUCAGGGCGGCUGGGCCUGGAGGAGGGAGAGGUGACUGUGUGUUAGUCACUGUGCAUUGCUGAGCAGUCACUGGGAGAGUAGUGAUCUCUGACACCUCUCCUUCCCCCGCCGUAGUGAUCUGAGUGUGCACAGACGUCCUGCCUCUCCAUUUCCUCCAUGUAGAGGCACGAGGCACAGUAUGGCUGACCAGGUCUGCCAGUGGUUCAGCAUUAUAGAGCAGCUGGACUCUGUGGAAAUCAGGGAACUGUACUUCUUGUGCAGAGAUCUGAUCCCGCGGCACAGUAAGGACAGUGAAGAGGAAGGCACCGUCCUCUUCAUCCGGCUGCAGGAAAUGUGUCUCAUCAGUGAGGAAGAUCCAGGUCUGGUGAAGGAGCUGCUGAGCUGCAUAGAGCGAGGAGACUUACUCAGAGAACAUUUCAGUGUGGACAAGAAAACGCACCAAAGUCCGGACAGAACGGAAGCGCCAAGAAUUUCCCCGUACAGACGUUUACUCUUUGACUUCGGGAACCUUGUACCGGACAGUGAGCUGGAGCAAGUGAAGGCGGUAGUCACAGGCGCGCUUCCUGUCGCUGUUCUGGAGAGAGUAACGAGUGUCUGGGACAUUAUUACUGCGCUGGAGCAGAGAGCCAUCCUGACUGAGCACGACCUCAGCUACCUGAGGGAAAUAUCCCGCAACUUUGAUGGAGAUUUCCUGGAUAAAGUUUUGCAGUAUGAGGAACAAUACUCAGAUCUAAAACCCGACAUCUGCUGUUCCCAAGGAAACACAACGUCUGCAGCAGAUCACCCUGAGCCAACAGACCAGUUCUACAGAAUGAUCAGUCAGACGCGGGGGACCUGCCUCAUCAUCAGCAAUUUUAGUUUUAGGAACGCCAGGAUUCCACUGAAAGACAGGAGUGGAACAGAUAAAGAUAAAGAAUCCCUACACAAGGUGUUUUCCAGGCUUGGUUUCCGGGUCUCCAUAGAGGAGGACCUUCAGGGGGACCGGAUCCUCAGCACGGUCCGGUCAUACAGUCAGAGGAACCAUGAAGAGAGCGACGGCUUCGUCUGCUGCCUCCUGACGCACGGGGACAAAGGAACCGUCUAUGGCACGGACGGGCACAGUGUGCCCAUCAGGGAUCUGACCUCUUGUUUCUGCAGCUCCUCAUGCCCGUCACUGGAGGGAAAACCCAAACUGUUCUUCAUCCAGGCAUGCCAAGGCAGCCAGCAUCAGACGCCGGUGCCCCUGGAGACGGACGCCUGCAAUGUAUCUCCUGCCAGGAACGUGGCAUUACAGGACCUGAUUCCAAAUGAGCCGGAUUUCCUGCUGGGAAUGGCCACAACCCUGCACCACGUCUCGUAUAGACACCCGCGCUCCGGCUCCUGGUACAUACAGGCGCUCUGUGCACAGCUGGAGGAGAGUUAUCCCAGGGGGGAAGACAUCAUCUCCAUCCUGACAAAAGUGAACCGUGACCUGAGCCAGCAAUAUGUUCUGAAGUUCAAUGGAUCGCAGAUGCCUGAGCCAUGGACAACGCUCCGCAGAAAGCUCAUCUUCAGCUAGUGGGCAGAGAUUUGUGCAGGGAGGACGCCCGGCUGCAAUCAGAGAAGUGCGGACAGUCCUUCCGCAGAGUUGCCUUCAAGUACAGCGUCAAGUUCUAUAAUGCUCUGUCACGGCCUUAGCGCAAUGGCCCAGGGGGGUAACCUGAACUCUAACCCUGAGUACCGGUGCCAAUCUGCACUCUGAUCUUCUGUAUCGGCCCCAACAUGCACUCUGAUCCUGUAUAAUGGUGCCAACAUGCACUCUGAUCCUGAAUAAUGGUGCCAACAUGCACUCUGAUACUGUGUAACGGUGCCAACCAGUACUCUCACUCUGGGUAAUGGUGCCAACCAGUACUCUGACCCUGAGUAACGGUCCCAAACUGCACUCUGACCCUGAGUAACGGUACCACUGUGCUUUGACCCUGAGUAACGGUGCCAAACUGCACUCUGACCCUGAGUAACUGUGCCAAACUGCACUCUGACCCUGAGUAACUGUGCCAAACUGCACUCUGACCCUGAGUAACGGGUCUCAAACUGCACUCUGACCCUGAGUAACGGGUCUCAAACUGCACUCUGACCCUAAGUAAGUCCCAAACUGCACUCUGACCCUGAGUAACGGGUCUCAAACUGCACUCGGACCCUGAGUAACGGGUCUCAAACUGCACUCUGACCCUGAGUAACGGGUCUCAAACUGCACUCUGACCCUGAGUAACGGGUCUCAAACUGCACUCUGACCCUAAAUUACAGUCCCAAACUGCACUCUGACCCUGAGUAAUGGGUCUCAAACUGCACUCUGACCCUGAGUAACGGGUCUCAAACUGCACUCUGACCCUGAGUAACGGGUCUCAAACUGCACUCUGACCCUGAGUAACGGGUCUCAAACUGCACUCUGACCCUAAGUAAGUCCCAAACUGCACUCUGACCCUGAGUAACGGGUCUCAAACUGCACUCGGACCCUGAGUAACGGGUCUCAAACUGCACUCUGACCCUGAGUAACGGGUCUCAAACUGCACUCUGACCCUGAGUAACGGGUCUCAAACUGCACUCUGACCCUAAGUAAGUCCCAAACUGCACUCUGACCCUGAGUAACGAGUCUCAAACUGCACUCGGACCCCGAGUAACGGGUCUCAAACUGCACUCUGACCCUAAGUAAGUCCCAAACUGCACUCUGACCCUGAGUAACGGGUCUCAAACAGCACUCGGACCCUGAGUAACGGGUCUCAAACUGCACUCUGACCCUGAGUAACGGGUCUCAAACUGCACUCUGACCCUGAGUAACGGGUCUCAAACUGCACUCUGACCCUAAAUUACAGUCCCAAACUGCACUCUGACCCUGAGUAAUGGGUCUCAAACUGCACUCUGACCCUGAGUAACGGGUCUCAAACUGCACUCUGACCCUGAGUAACGGGUCUCAAACUGCACUCUGACCCUAAGUAAGUCCCAAACUGCACUCUGAGCCUGAGUAACGGGUCUCAAACUGCACUCGGACCCUUAGUAACGGGUCUCAAACUGCACUCGGACCCUUAGUAACGGGUCUCAAACUGCACUCUGACCCUGAGUAACGGGUCUCAAACUGCACUCUGACCCUAAGUAAGUCCCAAACUGCACUCUGACCCUGAGUAACGGGUCUCAAACUGUACUCUGACCCUGAGUAACGGGUCUCAAACUGCACUCUGACCCUAAGUAAUAGUCCCAAACUGCACUCUGACCCUGAGUAACGGGUCUCAAACUGCACUCUGACCCUGAGUAACGGGUCUCAAACUGCACUCUGACCCUGAGUAACGGGUCCAAAACUGCACUCUGACCCUGAAUAACGGGUCCAAAACUGCACUCUGACUCUGAGUAACGGUCCCAAACUGCACUCUGACUCUGAGUAACGGGUCUCAAACUGCACUCUGACCCUGAGUAACGGGUCUCAAACUGCACUCUGACCCUGAGUAACGGGUCUCAAACUGCACUCUGACCCUUAGUAAUGGUGCCAACCUUAAAUGGGAAAUGAUUGCUCAGAGCGCUUAGGGCCAUACACACUAGACAAUAUAUUCUGCAGAUGUGAACGAUAACGACGAUUGUGAACGAUAUAUCGUUCACAUUGUCUAGUGUGUAUUGUCCUGCAAUCAACGAUGCGUGGACCCGCGCUCGUUGAUUGCAGGUUGGCGGUCUCCCCUGCAGCAUGCUAAGUGUCAGCAAUGUCACUUGUGAUAUCGCUCAUCACGGCAUGUGUGUACGGAGCCGCAACGAGCGAUGUUCACUAUGUGACAUGGCUCACAUCCCCUCCAGCGGCUCCGUCCCCGGCUGCUGCUCCUUUCUAGCUGAGCGUCUCUAUUCAUUUCUCCCACUGCCCCACCAACUUAAUAAAAAAUAUAACGACAAUGUAUAUAUAUGUGUGUGUAUACGCGUAUUAUACCUGCCUUAUGAGUUUGUGGUGUUUGUGCCCAGGAGUGCCGCACUUGGGAUAGAUGGAUAGAUAGAUAGAUAGAUAGAUAGAUAGAUAGAUAGAUAGAUAGAUAGAUAGAUAGAUAGAUAGAUAGAUUGAUUUAUGAACCCAUAAUAAUUAAUUUUUUAUUAAGUUGGCGGCACAGUGGAAAUAUAAUUGGUGGGGCAGUGGGUGAAUAAAACUUAAUUGGUUCCCCCUUGUACAGCCCCGCCCACACACACAGAAAUGCCUCCCCAAUAUUAAAAUAUGUAAUACCCCUUUCACACUGCCUGAAGCGGGUCACACCCGGUAGCCUGACACGGGAGCUCCCAGGGUGCAACCCGCCUCAGGCACCUUUCACACCGCAGUUAGCAGCCUGGCACAUUGCCGGGUUGCUGACAUCAGCGGUGACGCAGCGGGGGCGGUGCUUGGUGAUCACAUGAUCUCCACGUGCAGCCCGUACAUAGGGAGUGAACGGGAAACGGGUCGCAUCGAUCCGGCUCCCAUUCACACCACACAUGAACACGGGUUAUGCACGUUCAUGUGUUCAGGGGUGCUGGUGUGAAAGAGGUAUAAAAAGGGCCAAUUCCAAAGAUAUCUUUCGUCUUUCAUAUUGUUUGAAAAAUUACUUAUGGGCCCUACACAUUGCGCAAUCCGCCGCCGAGCUGCCCGAUGGCGGAUACGGCAGACGGGCAACCUGGCGGCGGAGGGGAGGUGACGGGGGGAGUGAAGUUUCUUCACUCCCCCCGUCACCUGGCUCCAUAGCAGUGAAGGCAAAUAUGGAUGAGAUCGUCUAUAUUGGCCUGCAUGCACAGCCGACGGGGCACCAGCGAUGAAUGAGCGCGGGGCCGCGCAUCGUCCAUCGUUGGUGCCUCCACACUCAAUGAUAUGAACGGUAUCUCGUUCAUUAAUGAGCAGAUCGUUCAUAUCUUUCAGUAUUAUCGCCCAGGGUGUAGGGCCCUUUAGUGUGUAGGGCCCUUUAGUGUGUCAGGGUUCUGUGAAGUUCCAGGGAAAUUGCUCAUCUUCCACAUUGCUCACGUCUUCUAGUGUGUAGGGCCCUUUACUUUCUGCGCUGGCGCCCUGUAGGACAUUGCUGCGUGUCACCGCUGUGCAGAUAAAUGUGGAUGUAGCCGCGGUGACCACCACACAGAGGGGCCUACAGAUGUGUCCGGUUCAGCCACACAGGGCGUAUCCAGCCGCCGCCGUCCCCGUACACCCUGUGCUAGAAAUAGCUGGGAUGUAGGAGGUUUUGUGGCGUCGGGAGGAGGUCGGCAGCUGAUAAGAUGCGGUCUCCGAGAUCAUUAUAAGCCAUUUAUCUGCUGCGUGGCUCUUGCAUACACACCUAUACAAUGGUCUGGCAUGGUGCAGGGGUGCACCCAGCAUUAUACACACUGAGUCCAUGUGACUGAUGAAUGUUCUAUGGCGCAGAGCUGACAGACCCCAGGUAUAUGGCUGCUAUGUAUAUCAGGUGCCUGUGUGAGCGCUGUAUCCGGUGACAGCAAUCGGUGUGAGUGUGCGCGUCUCUGGUUACCCUGCCGUCAGCUCCGUUGUUACUGUGAUUGCUUAUUAUGGGCGUCAGGAAGACGGUGAAUAAAGCGUUCACACAUUUCAUAACACGUGGCUGUCUGACUCUGUAUAUAAAGGCAUCAAAUCUGAUCCAGACGUGAGGAACCCCUGUGUAGCAGCCACUGAUACAGCACCUAUGGGAUAGCCCUCCCUGGUAUAUAUACUCAGGGGGCCUGCUUUCUGUAUGUUUCCCUGAGGGCCCGGCACAACCAGCGCUGGCUGAGCCUGUGACGAAUGGGACAGACGGACAUUACCGACAUCCAGAUUUCACCCCUCUAACCACACCCUCAUGUUGUCACGUGGCGUCUCGCUGCAGACCGGGGAGGCGAGUCGUUACGUGCCCCUGAUGAGCCCUCUGCAAUGUGAUGUGGACACUUUGGGUGGGACUGACCCAUGUGGUAUUGUGAUACCCCGCUCCAAGUGAGAACACUGUUUAUGUGUAAAUACUGCCUGCAUAUACAUUUAAUGGAGCCAGAGCAUGAUUGGUGACAGCGGGACUAGAGCUACAGCGCUAGCGCGUGGGGAAUGGGAACUCUCACCCGCACGCUGGCUACGCAGAGGUCACAUGCUGCUUCAGGGGGCGGCUGGCUCAUGCGGGCUGGGGUGACAGUUGGUGGCGGUUGAGCAGCCAUCUUGGAGGGGAUAUGGUGGCUGGCAGUGUGCAGGAGUGCUGCUCGUCUGACCUGUGCAGAGUGGCUGUUCCCGGUAACCGGACACAGUAGGUACAGUACUAGAGAAUAGGGACGGAGGCAGAGCCCAGGCAGAAUUGAGCUGGUAGAAUACAAUAUGGAUAGGUAAUUGUUUUUGCCGGGCGCCCCUGAACAAUAUGCAAACCGUUCAAUAAACAGGAUGAUACAUUCCUUAAUGGAGGACGAUCCUCAAGAUCUCUUUCAGCUGAUGCGUAUUUGGUUCUCAGCACAUGGAAUAGAAUGAAAGCAUAUCAUGUGUAGUACAAUUUUACAUUUUAAUAGAUUACAUUAAAACAAACCCAGAAUAUUCUAAAAGUUCCAAUUCCACAAGUCCAGGUACAAAUUCUGCAGAUAGAACAAUUACCGGAGAGAUUUGAGGAGUGGUUUGAAGCAGUCCUCAGACAGCGUGUUAUAUGAAUAGUCACCACAACGGUUCCCCCGGGCAGCCAACCAGGUGUAUUCCUCCGGUAAAAGGAUAGCAGUUCACCUUUCACUGGAACAAGGGACCCAUAAAACAUCCAACGCGUUUCAACCCAAAAUGCUAUGGGUCUUUCUCAAGGCAAUGCGCUGUUUAUUGAACGGUUUGCAUAUUGUUCAGGGGCGCCCGUCAAAAACAAUUACCUAUCCAUAUUGUAUUCUAUUUUGUAUCUGAAGUGUUCUGGGGGGACACUUGCAUUGGGAGUUGUAGCGGCCAGGCAGCCCUUUGCGCAGUUGAAGGUACAGCAGAUUUUCCUGUUAUAGAAUUGAGCAGGUGCUACCCAGCAACCUCCAUCAGUGCUCCAAAUUGCUGUCCAGCUGAAUACACUAUACUCUUGCUGCAAGUAACCUGAAUCACACACAGGCAGAGGAGCAGGAAUAAAGAGGGUCAGUCUGAGUUGAUCGCUAUAGCUGCCGUUGUUUGCAGCGCAGCGAUCAGGCUAAAAAUUGGCAUUUCUGCGUAUGCACCGCAAUGCACAGGCGCGUUGUACCGGUACAAUGAGCAUCGUGGGUUUGCACAAAGUCUAAUGAACAUUCCUGACGCACGGCCGAAGGCAGGAAGAUUGACAUGAAGUGGGCGUUUCUGGGUGUGAACUUACCGUUUUCAGGGAGUUUUUAGAAAAACGCAGGCGUGGC